AAGUUUCGUGAGGAGCCGUUUGGUCUCCAUCUCACUAAACUGUGUGUUGCUGAAAACACGGAGAUAACAUGACGACUCCAACACUGGCUGGAUAUAUCGGCCCAUCCCGAGCUAUGUCACGACCGAUGGGAGACAGCCAUCGACGGUUCCUACAAGCCAUGAUGGCUAAAGGCAUCAUUAAUGAACAGGAAGCAAGGGCUCUCCAUCGGCAUUGCUGUGAUGCACACAAUGCACACUGUGCCCCUGACAGACUGGAUGAGUUCAUUGAUGUCAUCAGCUCACACUUACAGCCCAUGUUCAUGCAGAUUAGAAAAGGGAUGUCUGAAGAAGAUGGUCUCCCGUACUAUGCCUUGGUGAACAUGGCUGAGACUGAUGUCACCAGAAUGUCGUCAGAUUAUGCUGACAAUGAACUGGAGCUGUUCAGGAAAACGAUGGACCUGAUUUUGGGCUCUGAGACCGGAUCAGUCUCUUCCACCGACAUCCUUAACAGCGCCGACAGCCUGCAGACCAAGAAGCUGAAGAAGAGUGAGACGGAGCACCUCCUGAGCCGACUGGUGAUGGAUAAAUGGCUCAAUGAGAAACGGGGUGAGUACACCCUGUCCACUAGAUGCAUCAUAGAGAUGGAGCCAUACAUCCGCACAAUGUACCAAGACCAGGUGAAACUGUGCCACAUCUGCCAUAACAUUGUGUUCCAGUGCCAGAUCUGUGAGAAUCCUACAUGUGGCAUAAAGAUACACAACCCAUGUGUGGCCAGAUACUUCAAAGGAAGAGCAGAGCCGAGGUGUCCUGCCUGUGAUGACUUCUGGCCACAUGAAAUCCCUGAGGUAAGGCGGCUUCAGUCUCAGUCCAGGAGAUAAAUAGCACUGUCGUCUUUUCAACAGCCACAAAUGUCCUUUAUGUUUGUUAAAAUUCUUAUAUUUUAUAUAUUUUUUGUUAAAUAAAUUCAAAUUAUUUGAAAACUUCAAA